UAUGACCAAAAAAACAAAGAAGGUAGGAAUCACAGGUAAAUAUGGUACCAGAUAUGGUGCUUCUUUGAGAAAAAUAAUUAAGAAAUUUGAAAUUUCUUAACAUUAGAGAUAUUUUAACACAUUCACAGGAGCAGUAUGAAUUGAAUUGAAUAUUAAGCACUCAUUAAAAAGAUAAGCAAUUGGUAUUUGGAGAUGUACAUAAACAGGAUUACAAAUUGCAGGUGGAGCUUGGGAAGUAAAGUAAUUAAUUAAUCUAUCAUGAGUACUCCAGCUGGUUUGUCUGCUAAAUAAGGUAUGUUGAGAAUUAAGAAAUUGAAGGAAGAUGCAGAAGUUGAAGUCAAAGAUGAAAAGAAAGAUCAAAAAUAAAAGCAAUAAUAAUAGCCAAAAGAACAAAAGGAAUAACAACAAACUUAAUAAUAAGGAUAAAAAGGAAAAUAAUAAUAAGGAGGAGAUAAAAAGAGAGGAUAAGCAAAAAAACAAUGAUAU